UCUUUUUUUUUUUAGGUUCUGGAGAGCUUUAAGAUCAUGGACUACAGUCUGCUGCUGGGCGUGCACGUCCUGGACCACAGGGAGGUGGGGGAGCCGGGCCAGACGGGGGGAGACGGCAGGAGGAACGUAGGUCAGAGAGUGCUUUACUCCACGGCCUUGGAGUCCAUCCAAGGAGACGGCAAGGCGGCCGAAGUUGUCACCACUGACGACACGAUGGGCGGCAUCCCGGCAAAAACACACAAAGACGAAAAGCUGCUCAUCUUCCUGGGCAUCAUAGAUAUCCUGCAGUCGUACAGAUUCAUGAAAAAGUUGGAGCAUUCGUGGAAAGCCUUGGUGUAUGAUGGUGAUUCGGUUUCUGUCCACCGGCCCGCGUUUUACGCCAGCCGCUUCCUUAAGUUCAUGAGCGUACGGGUCUUCAGGAAGAAUCAGCCAAUUCGAUUCUCCCCCUCAAAGAGGACUCGCACCUCCAUCCCUGCUCUGAAGUCGUCCUCACAGGAGAUCCUUUCAUCGCAGGCGGACGAGAGGCGCGAGGACGAGAGGAGGGACAGGCUGGGAGGGGCCCGCAGCCUGGCCAGCCUGGAUGGACAAGCUGUCUUUGGCUCGUUCCUGCGUCCCGAUCUGGUCCCUGCCAACCCGUCCUUCUACGACGCAUCCUCCAUGGGGACGAUCUCCUCUUCCUCUAUCUAUGUCAAUGUGGAAAGCCAAACAGGAGAGAGGGAUGAUGUUGCAUCCAGCUCUACGUUCACGCUGGAGGACAGCGCCAUCUGCCUCACCUCGGAGCAGAGCACCGUAGAUGUGGACAUCGACCGGGACGACGGAUCCGUUCUCGACGUGUAUUUGUAAAAGCUUUACACCCCUCAUUUCCUCCUGCCACACACAAGACAAUCUCCACACUCCAUCAGAUGCUCCAGGCUGGAAGUCGGUCUCCACGCCGAGUUCUGCUCCAUCCUCAAUGCCAUUUGUUGUUUGCCAAUUCCAAAGGAAGACCCCUGAACGCCUCUCUGGUUAACGGACCUCUGCACAGUUGGAACAGUACAAAUGUGGCAUCUUUUAAAAAAUGUGCUGAACUUCAGAUAGUGUUGCUUUUCUGGAUCGUGCAUCAAAAGCAGCACUAUUUAGUUUUUUUUUUUUUUACAUGUAUUUGUUUUUCAUUGUGCUCACCAAGAUUUCAUAGUGUAUCUAGAUAUACGAGGAUAUAUGCAUAAGGAAAUGCUAGAUUAACGUCAUACAUUUCUUUUCUGGUGGCCUGAAAGACUUUAAAUCUUCGCUGCAGCACGAGCUGCUGGUAAGAAAUGUUUACAGUGAAUUCAAGGAAGCAUCAAGACUGCUUCACGAAGGACCGACUCGCCUGAACAGACUUGAUCACGAAGCUCCUGAGGCCAAACACGGACUGCGAUGUGGCCAAAUGUUCCCAACAAGGCGGCCGUUUGUGUCGUUUUGGAGAAACACGAGAAAAGACCGUUUGUCGAUCUUGUACCAGACACUUGCGCUUGGCAAAAAAAAAAAAAAAGGCACUUUUAACACUGGUUAUGAUUGCUUUAAGAAAUGUUUUCUCUUCUCUGAGGACAUUGCUUAGGUUGGUGGUUUGCAGGACAAUAAGCACAGAGUUGGAUGUGUGAAAAUGCACUUUUUUUUUUCUUAUUUCCUCUACAAAUGCACAUGUGUUAUCAUUGAUACUACAUGUAGAAACGAAGGAACAAACACUGUGGAUCAUGUACUACUAGUUUUGUGAGGUUGGCCUCGCGACUGGAGACGGUUCUGUUCAGGAAAAAGUACGUCGUCCCGAAGAAGUCGAGACGUCCUUACCGCUGUCUGAUACCUCAAGACUGUAGCCAACUGUAAAUGUUCAACUCUACAAUCAAGACAGAUGAGAAUAAUUUAUUACACAACUCGUGAUAAUUCACCAUCUGCUGAGAUAAUAAUAAACACUUUAAAUCGCUGAAUGUAAAGAAGAUGCAUAUUUAUGUACAGAAAAGCUUCCUAUAAAUAAACUUCUUUAAAAUUCA